AUGGACUCUCAUACCAAGGAGACAAACCCAACCGACUCUACCACCACUAUCGCAUCAUUCCCAUUCAACGACACGAAUGCAGAUCUCAUUCUCCGUUCCUCUGAAAGGGUUGACUUCUAUGUUCACAAAUCACUCUUAUCUCUUGCAUCGCCCGUUUUCCGAGACAUGUUCGACAUCGGUCAAGCAGCGCAGACACUCCAAGGCGGCAUUCCCGUCGUCCAGAUGUCAGAGGAUAGCGAUGUGCUCCACAAGCUUCUGAUCUGGUGCGAUCCUAGAUCUAUACUCCUUCCGAAGCAAUUCACCAUUGACGACAUUUCUCGCGUCCUCUCCCUGACGGAUAAAUUUAUGAUGGAGGGUAUAGCAGGCCGUGUAUCGAUGUUACUUUCCGAGUACGUUAAGGAGCAGCCAGCACGCGUGUACGCCUUAGCGUAUCGAGGAUGUGGGUCCUGGGGCGCUGAGCUCAUGCGAGCUGCGGCAUGGCAGACUCUGAAAUCCGAUUUCCCUCAUCACACUCGCGCCUUCGAUGACAUCUCAGCAAAAGCUUUGAUGCGCUUAUAUGAAUAUCGCAUUGAUUGCAUUACAGCUGCCCAGUCGCUGAUCACGGAUUUAGAAUGGAUACCAAUAGACAAACCUUGGCAACAUAGGCAAUCCUCCGAGCAGUUCGGUUGCAGGUGCAUCUUUUUAAAGUGUGCAGGUGGCUGGACGCAUGUUGCCAGAUGGUUUGUUGAAUAUCUCCAAUGCGCGCGCAACUCUUUGAAGGAGAAGCCAUGUCGUGAGGCCAUAUUUCAACAUGACUUGGGUCCCGAUGUCAUCGAUGUCGAGAGCAGGCAGAUUGCGCCUAUACCCCAUCCUAGGAUAGAAUGUUCGGCACGCGACCUGGAUGACAGCAAAACUAGAACAUCCUUUUCCUUAUUCCAGCAAGAGUUCGCAAAUGAAAUUGACAGGGUAACGAAAAAGGUACUUGACACUCAAGUGUACUCUGAACCACAAGCAUUGACUUUUUCCAAGGUCGAAUUGGUUAUUGAUUAG